CCAAUCAAUGAUUACGACCUUGGUGUAGAUACUUCAAAAUAUGAAGAAGGCGAAAAAGAAUUACGUAUCAAACUAGCAUGUUUAUAUCGGGUUGUCGCUUUAAUGGGCUGGAAUGAUAGCAUCUUCAAUCAUAUUAGUGCUCGUGUAUCGCAAGAUAAAGAUCAUUUCUUGAUUAAUCCUUUCGGUUUGCUUUUCGAUGAAAUGACUGCUUCUUGCUUUAUCAAAGUAGAUGAACAUGGUAAUGUCAUUGAUCCUGGCUCUACUCACUUUAACAUUAAUAUGGCUGGCUAUGUUAUCCACUCAGCAAUCCAUAUGGGAAGAAAGGACGUUGUUUGUGCUAUCCAUUUACAUACUUCCAAAGCUACUGCAAUUGGAUCCACCAAAACCGGUUAUUUACCACUGACGCAGGAUUCAUUGAUACCUGGACCAAUUGGUUAUCAUGAUUAUCAGGGCAUUGCUGUCGAUGAAAAUGAAAGAAAAAGUAUCGUUGAAGAUAUUGGUGAUAAAAAUGUAUUACUCUUGAGAAAUCAUGGUUUCUUAGCGGCCGGUAAAAGUGUAGAAGAAGCUUUCUCUGGAGCUUACUUUUUCAUGUCUGCUUGUGAAAUGCAAUAUAGUGCUAUGUCUGCCGGCAAGGAAGAUUUAAUUUUAUUA